GCCAGUUGAUAUGCCAGUUGUCAGUUGUGGUUGUCAGUUAGAAAUGUCGUCGAAUAGUCUAAAAAUUUUAGAUUAAUAGUGGGUUAUUCUCAUUUUUAUAAAUUCUAUUUUUCGUUGACAGCGAUUUAUUUGGUGGUUGAAUUUGGAUAUAUUUUUUUUAUUUAAGAUUUCUUUAAAAGAUGUUUAUUACAUGAUUUGGUAUCCCAAAUAAAUAUACAGAGAAUCUCAGUAAAUUCAAGGAUACAGAAACAAUUUGAAAAGGAAGAAAAAUUGCACUGUCAUUCUUUGUGUAAAACAGUUGGACUUGAUUCACAAUAAACAUGUCAUUAAAACCAAGACAAGUAGAUUUUAAUGCCACAUGGGGGGCCAUCAAAGAGACUAUUAGAGGAGUAAUAACUUUAGAUCAUGUUCCAAGAACUGUCUGGAAUGAUAGAUUUUCUGAUGUGUAUUCCUUAUGUGUUGCGCACCCAGAACCUUUAGCUGACAGGUUAUAUGCUGAGACAAAACAGUAUUUAAUUGACCAUGUUGCCCAACUACUUGAGAGAGUUCAAGAAGAUGGUGAGCAAAAUUUAGUUAAAAACUAUUUCUUAUAUUGGACACAAUAUUCUGUUGGAAGUCAGUACCUUCAUAGUUUAUAUCUGUAUUUGAACCAACAACACAUUAAGACCCAAAAAAUGUCAGAUGCUGAAAUAAUUUAUGGGAGUAUUGAUCCCAAUGUUGCAACUCAAGGCGAUCAAAUGGAAAUAGGUGAAUUGGCCCUUCAAGUAUGGCAAUCGAAUAUGAUUACUCCUUUGGGUCACAGAUUAGUCAAGUUAUUACUUGAAGCUAUUGACUUGGAUAGAGCUGGUCAACCACCUAAAAUUCCGAUUGAAGCUGUUAGGGGGACUAUCUUAAGCUUUGUAGAGGUACAAGCUUACAGGAAGAAGGCACAACUACAGUUAUAUGUAGAAUUGUUUGAAAUGACUUUUCUGAAUGCUAGUGGUGAACAUUUUAAAAGAGAUGCAGCACUUCUUCUGCAAGAAAGAAAUGUCAGUUUAUAUAUGGAAAAAGUUAAAGGUAAAAUAGAAGAAGAGCUAUUCAGAGCAAGAAGAUAUUUACAUUCGAGUUCCUUACCUAAAGUGGCUCAUAGAUGCGAACUUCAUAUGGUAGCUGAGCACUUGCAAUUUUUGUAUAGUGAAUGCAACAAUAUGGUUAAAUAUGAGAAGAAAAAUGAUCUUUCAAAUAUGUAUGAUUUGCUUAAAAGUGUUCCAAAUGCUUUAGUUGUUUUGGUUGAUACUGUAUUUGAUCAUAUCAAAAAUCAAGGAUUAUCUGCUAUACACAAUCUUCAGGGAGAGUCAAUUCACAUAAAUUUUGUGGAAAACCUAUUAACAGUUUAUAAAAAAUACAAGUCUUUAAUCCAAGAAGUUUUUAAAUCAGAUCAAAAUUUUAUGGGUGCUUUAGACAAGGCCUGUAAUUCAGUCAUAAACCAUAGAGCUAAUGAUGGUAGAGCACCUUGCAGAAGUCCAGAGUUACUGGCAAAAUAUUGCGAUACUUUGCUUAAAAAAAGCAGCAAGGGCAUAAGUGAAUCGGAGGUUGAUGAAAAACUGUUAGAGAGCAUAAUAAUAUUCAAAUAUAUAGACGAUAAAGAUAUUUUUCAGAAAUUUUAUUCAAGGUCAUUGGCAAAAAGACUAAUUCAUCAACAAACGCAAAGUAUGGACGCUGAAGAAGCUAUGAUCAAUAGGCUAAAGCAAGCAUGUGGGUAUGAGUUCACUAGUAAACUACACAGAAUGUUUACGGACAUGUCAGUAUCAGCUGACCUCAACAAUAAAUUCCAAGAAUUCUUGAGUAAAGAUAAAAUAGAAUUAGGUAUUAAUUUUGGAAUUUAUGUGUUACAAGCGGGUGCUUGGCCUUUGGGACAAGCCAUUGUUACGCCAUUUGCUCUACCCCAACAACUAGAAAAAAGCGUCCAAAUGUUUGAGAGUUUUUAUCACAAUAAAUUUAAUGGAAGGAAGUUAACUUGGCUUCAUCAUUUAUGCCAAGCAGAAUUAAAAUUGGGUUAUUUAAAAAAGCCUUAUGUCGUCACUGUUCAAACCUUCCAAAUGGCAAUUCUUCUGCUUUUUGAAAAGUCAGAUACCUUAUCGUGUAAGGAAAUUAGAGAGACUCUACAAUUAAAUUCAGAACAGUUUAAAAGGCACGCUGUAAGCUUAGUUGAUUCAAAAUUAUUAUUAGCGGACACUGAGGAAAUUGACGAAGUGGAGACAAAUUUACGUUUAAAUCUAGAUUAUUCAAAUAAGCGGACAAAAUUCAGAAUAACCGCGGCCAUUCAGAAAGAAACGCCCCAUGAAGUUGAACAAACCAUGAAUUCUGUAGAAGAAGACAGAAAAAUGUACCUUCAGGCUGCCAUAGUAAGAAUAAUGAAAUCGAGAAAGGUGCUUAAACACAAUUUGCUCAUACAAGAAGUCUAUGCACAGUCAAAAGUAUCAUUUGCUCCUAGUGUUCAGUUGAUUAAAAAAUGCAUUGAGUCGCUUAUAGACAAACAGUAUAUUGAAAGAACACCCCAUUCAAGUGAGGAGUACAGUUAUGUAGCUUAGUUAGAGAAGGUAAUUUUAGUUAGAAAAUUAACAAACAAAAAUUGUCAAUGCAAUUGUUUGGUUAUUUUAAAAUGUAUUCUUGUAAUAUGCUGUUCUUUAUAAAAGUACAAUGAUAUUUUUAAUCU